AUGAGGACCCGACCCAAGUAAAAUGCCCUAAGCCCUAUUUCACGCGGAGGGUCACUCGCUUCCUCCGGUCUCAGUAUCGAAGCAAAGAAUCUACCACCUGUGCUCUCUCUCUCUCUCUCUCUCUCUCUCUCUCUCUCUCUCUCUGAGUCUUCCAAGGGGUUAACGAUGGAUUGGGAAAGCACGGAGAAAGCGUCCAUGGACCGACACGCACCACAGCCCACCUCCUCCAUUCCAGCAACUGAAAACACUGUCUGGGCAGAUGCUUCACCCCUCCUCGAAGCCGCUUGUAGAGAACUUCGAGAUGGAGAGCUCGUUCAUGGAGAGAAUUUUAAUCUUUUUGCGGCCAUGUCUGCUUUAGAGAUAAUGGACCCAAAGAUGGAUUCAGGUAUCAUCAGUAGAUACUGCUCUGUUGAUGAAGCAAUUGAAGACGGUGCUGCUCCAAUUCCUAUUAGCUUUGAUAAAACCGUUGAUGUUCAAUGCAUCAUUGAUAUCGUGGACUAUCUACUGGCAUGUGAGGCAACAUGGCACAAGGGUCACUCUUUGGCACAAACUGUCUUUUCUUGCAUCUAUCUUUUGAGGCCUGAUAGGACAGCAUCACAUGCCUUAUUGGAUUCUUAUUGCAAAGUCAUUCGUGCAACAUGCAAAGCAGUUGUUUCAGUUGUAUCAGAUGCACGCACACAUGAAGAAGAGGAUCUUUUUACAAUGGCAUAUGGUCUUCCUCUUAAUGAGCAUGGAGAUGAUAAGUGCUUAUCCUUGUUAAAUGCCGUCGAAGAAAAUAUUUCUCGCCAACUGCGUGCUUGUAAAGCCCCGUCAUCCAAAAGAAAAGUAUUAGAGGAUAUAGAGCCAUUACAAGCUAAUAUUGAUCUGGAGGAAGGCUAUUGCAAAGCGUUGUUGUGCCGCAUACGCUUUCGUAAGCAUUUUCUUCAUGUUCUCACUUGUAUGAAGCGACCACAAGGUAGAGGUAUGGAGUUGGCCAGAAAACAUAUAGCUGCCUGCAUAUCAGAGCUAGAAUCAAUUUAUAAAUCAGCAGAAUUCCUUGCGUCAAAUGCUUGUGGAACUUGUGAAGAUGGUAUGGAAGAUAGAACAACCGCCUCUGGUCAUCAACCAAUUGGGUUUGACUCUAGUUUAAAUAGUAGAAUUUCUGCCCCCACUCCACCACGCUCAAUUAAACUUCUUAGUUGGAAAAAGGCAACUGAGUACUUCGAAAAACUUCUUCAUGAUCUAGAUUUUAUAUGUUCCUACUCGUUGGAUCCAUCUCUGGAAGUUCUUUUGCGCUUUCUGGUUCAGUUUCAAAAGUCUCAACCUGAUUUGGUUGCGAGAGCACAUCUCCAGCUUCUGCUGGUUCAAGAUGGGAAACUUUAUGGGCGGGAUCCUAUCUUUGCUGUCAUUACUAGGGCAGCAGGCUUGCCUGAGGUUGCAAAGAACCAUGAUAUUCAGAAGAAUGAAUAUAUUAUACAACUAGGACAGCUAGUGAUCAAUAUGCUCAAAAUUCUUUGUACAAAUGCUGCAUGGCAAAGGCGUAAACUUGGAAAAAUUUUACAGGAUUGGCGUGUUAUCUAUGUACAGCUAGAACUUGCUUUUACUAAGGAGUACAGAGAAGUCUCAAACACUUCAGAUGAUGAGAGCAUAUCUGUGAGAAUAUUUAAACAGAUCCUUGUUUGGGUGGAGGAGCAAACUUACUGGAUUGCUCACCGAUUUCUCAUGCUGGGUUUUGAAUUAGAUCUCUAUGCACCCGGUGAAUAUUGCAUGGUAUAUUGGUAUUUUUAUGUUAUCUUAAUCAAGCUUGCGGAGAAAACACAUCUUAAGAUGUCAGCAACUGAUGGCACUGCUAAAAGAAAGGGAAAGAAGAGAAAGGAUUCUCCAAAGGAUCUGGCAAGAGAAAGUCGGAUUCCACAUGCAGUCUUGUUUCUUCAGUGCCAGAUAUGUCUUGCUGAAGGGCUCACACUGCUGCUUGCUGCUUUGAGGAAUGAGCUGAAGAUUUUACACAGUCCAAGCCCAUUCAAUUCUGAGCAUGAGAGAUUCAUACAACAUUUCGAGCUUCUACAGAAAGCUUGCAUUCCUGACCAUGUUUCAUAUCCAUCAUUUAAGGAAUCUACAGCCUAUGCUCGUUUCUCUACCAUAGUCAUGUAUAAUUAUUUCAAGGAUGCUCAGAAGAUUGCUAAGGAAAUCAAAAGUAGUUUUUCCAAUGACCCAGACAGAUUAGCUGAACUCCGCAGAUUGGAGCUGGUUGCAGAACACAAUAGUGUUGCCCUAAAUGUCAUUUGUAAGGUGGGAGCCCUUGACCCAUCACUGAAGGUUUCUCUUGAGUUCAUCCACCAUCCGUGCUUCGCCACUGCUGUCGUUAAGAGAUCUUGAAAGUUUCUUCCCAAAAAAAAAAAAAAAAAAACCCCAAUUUUGAAACCCGUAACAGGUUGGCAUUCUAGUCAGGCAGUAUAGCAACUGUAACAUUUGUAAUUGUUUUAGAUCAAUUUUCUCAAAUUAUUGUUUAUAUGAAUUCCAUAAUCUGAAACAUGAAAAAGAAAAAUAAUAAAAAGCAUUGUUUAUUUGUUGGUUUA